UUUCGCUGCGGCGAUCAGUUGUUUUUUCAACUUGAAACCAAGCGGAUGCGCGACGGUCGUUAAAAAAACGUUAACAAAAAAGAUCCGACACACACACACACUCAAAAAACGCUCGCACGCACACUCACACCAAAAAAAAAAAACUAGAAAAAGACAACAAGACAAAGUGGUAGAAGCAACAGGUCAAGAAGAAGAAAAAGACUUGUUUGCUGGCUUUAAAUUAAAAUAGUUAACAAUUCAAAAGGCCACAAAAACAACGCAGGCGUUGAAUUGAAUUUAACUGUCGUACACGUACAGGCCACCAGUAAAGGUGUGUGCGAGAGAAAAGAAAGUGCAAUAAAAACCAAAAAUUGUGAAAAGCCAACAAGUGCAAUGUGUACAACAACGUGUUGAACGGAAAAAAUACAUAAAACAAGUAAAACAGUAAAAACAGUUAAGUUGCCGCCGCGCAGAGAGCGAGAAAGAGAGCACAACCGCUGGCGGUGCAGCCCUGAGAUGCAGAUCAACCAAAGCUAGUCGGGAUUGAGGCUUCAGUUCGAGGAGCAGAACCACUAGCAAUAGAAAUAAUCCACGGGAUCAUCACCCAAAGAUCCACCAUCAUCUUUAGCACGAUCAUCACAGGCAGAUAUUGACAAAAUGCAGGUUCCCGAGCACGUUGUUUCACUGUACAUCGCCACUUGCGGCCAAAAUGGAUCCGGCCUCGGUUCGGAUGAGAAGGAGAUCAUAUUGCUGGUCUUUGUCCUCCUGGAGGUAACCACUGGACAGAUCGUGGGCACCAAACAAAUACUCGUGCGGCCGGAUGGCUACUUCAUCAAAGAUCGCACCAUCUCGGGAUCCUCGGACAACUCGAGUGUCACCAACAACACGGCCAGUUCGCCGCCCCUGGCGAUUUCCGGGGAUGCCAAUAAUGGCAGUGGAGCCGGAAGCAACAACGGAAGCGGUCUGGAGAACGGAUCCGAGGUGAUCCUACCCAUCGCAGAGGCCCAGGCGGCCGGCAAACCCUUAAGCGAGGCCAUCGAAGAGUUCGAUGCCUACCUGCGAUCUCUGUCGCUCCAUGACACGGAGAUCACGCUCGUCACGGACGGCCAGCUGCCGUUGAGGCAGUGCCUCCACCGGGAGGCCAGUGCCAAGGACGUGGAGCUGCCGGUCUACUACAACCGCUUCAGCGAUCUGCGCAAGGAGUUCCUGCGCUACAAGUCCGGCGACCUUGCCCGCGCCCUCGUCCCCGUCAAGGACGUCAAGAAGAUGCUGCAGGCGCCGGCGCUGCCCAUGCCUCAGUCCAUCGCCGAGAUGCUGGGAGAACUCAACAGCUCAUCGGUGGAGGACAACGACUUUUACAUUCGCGAAUCUCGCGACAUGGUCUCUGUGAUCCAGACCCUGCUGCAGGCAGGUCACAAAUUUGCUGCAAACGAAUUGGUCAACCUGGUACUGGAACCUGGAAUUUGCUCCAUUGACGACGAGGUCGACGGCAAUUGUAUAGUGAGGGCCAGAGGAUUACCCUGGCAGAGCAGCGACCAGGACAUCGCCAAGUUCUUCCGCGGCCUCAACGUAGCCAAGGGCGGCGUAGCCCUCUGUCUUUCUCCGCUGGGACGUCGCAACGGCGAGGCUCUGAUUCGCUUUGUGUGCCAGGAGCAUCGCGACAUGGCCCUCAAGCGGCACAAGCAUCACAUCGGACCCCGCUACAUCGAGGUGUACCGGGCCUCGGGCGAGGAUUUCCUGGCCAUCGCCGGCGGAGCCUCCAAUGAGGCGCAGGCCUUCCUCUCGAAGGGCGCCCAGGUGAUCAUCCGGAUGCGGGGACUGCCCUACGACGCCACCGCCAAGCAAGUGCUGGACUUCUUCACCACUGGCGACACGGCGCCCUGCCACGUUCUCGACGGGAGCGAGGGCGUUCUGUUCGUCAAGAAGCCCGAUGGUCGGGCCACCGGCGACGCCUUUGUGCUCUUCGCCCAGGAGACGGACGCACCGAAGGCGCUGGGCCGGCACCGCGAGUCCAUCGGCCAGCGGUACAUCGAGCUGUUCCGCUCGACGACGGCCGAGGUGCAGCAGGUGCUCAACCGGUCGAUGGACCCCAAGAACUACGAGUCGGGCGGCGGGCACAGCCAGCCGCCGCUGAUCGCCCAACUGCCCACGAUGCAGCUGCCGCUGCUGCCGCAGGUGGGUGCCCACAGCCUCGCCCACAGCCUCGGAGCCAGCCCCGCUAACCUGUGCCCCCCCGUGCCUCCCCCCGCUCUCCCUCUCCCCACACAGCACCUCAUCACCUCGGGCACCACUAAGAACUGCAUCCGGCUGCGCGGACUGCCCUACGAGGCGAUGGUCGAGCACAUCCUGCACUUUCUCGACGACUUUGCCAAGCACAUAAUCUACCAGGGCGUGCAUAUGGUGAUUAAUGCGCAGGGUCAGCCUAGCGGAGAGGCCUUCAUCCAGAUGGACCAGGAGGAGUCGGCUCGUCUGUGCGCCCAGCGCAGGCACAACCACUACAUGAUGUUUGGCAAGAAGUACCGCUACAUCGAGGUGUUCCAGUGCUCCGGCGACGACAUGAACAUGGUCCUCAACGGCGGACUGGCCUCCCCGGUGGCCCAGCCGCCGCCGCAGCAUCUGCACAAGCAGCAAUCCCUGUUGGCCGCCACCACGGGUAUGUUCAGUUCGGCGGGUCAAUCGCCGACGAGCGUUGCGGCCGGUACCGCUCAGUCGCCGCUCGGCGGCACACACACACCACACACGCAUAGUCACCCAACGCACACACAUGCGCAUGUUCAGGGCCACGCCCAUGGCCUGUCCGCCCACCACGGACUGUCGUCCUCGUUGCCGGGCCUCUCGGCAGCCGCUUCCGCUUCCGGUUUGGCCUCCUUCAUGACGGCCGCUGCCGCCGCUGGUCAACCUUCGCCCUCAGCCGCUCAUUCGGCUGUGACCUUGACGCCCCAGGGUUACGCCCUCAAUCCCUUCUCGCUGCCGCCUCCUUCGACGGCCUCGGCCUCCGCCACGCCCGCCUUGUUGGCCCAACAGCAGGCUCAGUUUAUCGCUCAGCAGAGUUUGUUGGUAAGACAACAGGCUGCCGCCGCUGCCUUGGCCGCUGAGCAUCAGCAACAGGCGCAGCAGCAACAGCAGCAGCAGCAGCAACUCUAUGCCAGUGCCAUGCUGCAGCAGCAUCCGCAUCUGUACUUGCAACAGCAGCAGCAGCAACAGCAACUGGCGUACAGCGCCAUGUUGCAGCAGGGUCAGCCGCAGUUUGUGCUCAUGCAGAGGCCCUCGGCGGCCUAUUUGCCGCCCUUUCCGCUGGGCUACAUGUCCGCUGCGGGGGCGGCGGCAGCCUCGGGAGUAGGCGUGGCACCGGCAGUUGCAGCCGCCGGAGCGGCAGCAGCAGCAACAUCUGUCUCAGGAGCGAGCAACUCGUCGCUGAGUCAGUCGAUGAAGCGGUCGUACGAGAACGCCUUUCAGCAGGAGGCGGCGGGAGCGGCAGCGGCGGCCAGUGCGGCCAAAAGGGCUUUGAAUCGUCAGUCCAGCAAUGUCUAUUCGUACUUUAAUUCUGGGAUAUAAUCUUAUAUAUCCCAAAACAAUUUAAAACCCUGAAAUAAGAGCUCCAAAACUCCAGCACUUCGGGCACAUUCCGCGAGUGGGUGGGGUGUUCCAUAUAUAACACCUGCAUUAAGACGCACACACACAUAACCAUAUAUCAUGUAUCAUCAUGGCCACACUCACACACAGACAUUCUCUAGAGCUUAAUUAUUACCGAUUUGGAAUGUAGACUUAAGUACUUUUCUUGUAUGGAGUACUCGUAGUAGCCUAAGCAUACUUGUCUAUGGUCUAAGCGAAUAAUACUUACUAUAUACAUAUAUAUUUAAUAUACAACGACACGGGCACACACACACACACAUAAGCACUGCUCACCCAUACACACGCAUAAGUACACCGGCUAACAGAGGGAAUUUAUAAAGAAAAAGGGAUCCAAGAGAUCCCUAUCACUUGUGUUCUACUAAGCAUUCCACAUAUGUAUGGAUUUACUAUAUUUAAUUACGAUAUAUAUGCUUGGUGUGUGUGUGUGCGUGUGCGAGGCAGAAGGAAGUGUAUAUCCUGGGAAUAUAUAGAUCCUUUUCUGACCUCCGAUUUCGAAGACAAUCAACAGAGGCUAACGUGGUUCAUGGAGGGAGUGAGAUCACGCCCAUUCAGUGCAAUCUAAUCUUAGUGUUUACCCUUUGGAACCCUCCUUAAAAUACAUACGAGGUCCCCUCCCCCCAUGAACCACGUCAGGUGUUGGCUCAAGCGCAAUUUUAAACUGAAACUGAAACAGAAACCGAAAGCGAAACACGAGAAUAUCACGAAACCCUGUUCUGUAAGACAAUCGUUUCGGAAUAACAACCAUCGAUGGGUGGAGUUGUGUGCCUAUCGACUUAUAAGCUAGCUUUAAGACUGUGCGACUUGUAAAAUGGGUUUGCAUUAAUUCUAAUUCUACCGGCAAUCUAUUCCCGUGUCUCUCCAUGGCCGCUAACCAAAUCAAACAACCAAUUAUUAAUAAUCUCAUCGUCUGACUUGCAAUAUAUUGCCUAGUUCUAUAUGGUGUAGCUCUUAAGUGUGCGUAACUGGUGUUAGUCGCAAACGGGAUAAUACUUUCUACCCAAUCACUCUCUCUAUCUCUCUCGAUAUCAAUACCUCUGUCACUGUCUGUGUGUUCUCUGUCAUCACUAAUUUAGUCUCGGGAUCAGUCUAGAUCAAUAGUCUAAAGCUUGUUGUAAGUUGGGUCGCUUUAGUGUCUAUAUAUAUAUAUAGUGUGUCUAGUCUGCAUAAUCGGAUGAUAACUGGUUACUGGUGACUCGGGCUUACAUCCCUGCAAAGUGCUUGUUAGCUUUAAGACUGUCUUAACUCUUGAGAAGUUAUUGUUGGGAAAUUUUACA